ACGAGGCUCAAUAGCCACUCUGGAUCCAUAAAACAUGGCUAACAUAAGGGUUUAAGAUUUCUGUCUAGUUGUUGAAUACAUCACGUUUAAACAAAUGUUGCUGUUCUGUCCUAUUUGCGCAAAUGUUUUAGUGGUGGAAGAAAGUGCUGGGAAUUCAUCGUUUAGAUUUGCUUGCAAAACAUGUCCAUUUAUCUACGAUAUAAAUCGUAAGAUAUCAGACAAGAAGUAUCCAAAACUGAAAGAAGUUGAUGAUGUUCUUGGUGGAUCUGCUGCUUGGGAAAAUGUGGACUCAACUGAAGAAAAAUGUCCCAAAUGUGAACAUCCAAAAGCAUACUUCAUGCAGAUUCAAACAAGAUCAGCAGAUGAACCAAUGACAACUUUCUACAAAUGUUGCAAUGCUGAAUGUGGACACCGUUGGAAGGAAUGAUUCUCUGUGUCUAUCUAUCAUUUUGAAAAGUGGCAAACCAAAAGGUUCCAAGGAUAUGGUCUCAUACUUCAUAAGAAGCAUUGCAAAGAUUUGUCACUUCAUCUGCAAAUAUGGCAGUUUGCUGGAAAGUGUUUUGUAUUCUGGUUAUUGAUAGGCAACAAAGUAUUUGUUUAGUAUUAUCUGGGCUGGGCUGAACACUAUAAUUUCCUUUUUGCAAUUUUAACCCAUAAAGAGACAAAAGUAGAAUUAGUUUUUGGUUUCUUGCAAUUCAUAUUAUGUUAAAGGCAGUAUGCCCUCCCAGUCAGCCAUUCAAUGUUAACAAUGAGCUCUAUGGCACAUGUAUCAUCGAAAAACAUUGAGAAUUAGUUUUACUUUGCUGAUUGGAUGUAAAACAAGUCCAACUAAUGGGAAUUUAAAUUGCCAUCAAAAUGGGCAAAGGUAUAGUGUCUUUAAUACCUGUUACUUAAUUUUACUAUUUUUAAGAAUAACCAUCCGUAAAAGUGAACAAUGCCAGAGGAUUCAGAUAUUAAUCUUUCAGCUUAAAAUUUUGAGUUUGUAAGACUUUCAUUGUUUUUAACCCCUUGCCUGAAAUAUCCUCAAAACUUUUAUAAGAAAUAAGCAAUAUGAACAUAUAUUUUGAAAAUCUAAUAACUUUAUGAUCCCCUAUAGUUUAAUGACUUUCAAAUAAUUUUUAUCAUUGAUAAUUAUUGCUCUGUUUACUGAGAAAUAAUAUGCUUGCAGAUAAAACAUUUCCACCAAGCAACAUACCUUGUCAUUUACUCUUCUUCUCUCAGGUAUAAUAGGAUACUUGGAUUUUAUAAGUAUGCACAAACAAAGAAAGGUAACUAUUCCAUCUAGCAGUCUUGGAGUCGAUCUACAUAUAAACGAAAAAGCCCCCAUUGUGUUGACAGAAGGAGUUCGUUUUCUUUCUUGGAAUCCAGUGGCAAUUUUUCUUUAAGCUGGCGGCACUGAUUGGUCAACUAUACCGGUCUUGUGCUUGCAUUUUUCUGAUUGGCCUAUUUCGAUCCACAACUGGGUAUAUAUAUUUCAUCGUGUUCUAAAGGUAACUAUUGGUUUACCUUUGUGAUAGCACCCUUCCCUCCUUUUGUCUGCAGGAUCCAGGUAGGAAUUCUACACAUUGUUUUCAGGUCAAACAUUUAUUAGAAAAAAACCUAGGAACGUCACAUUACAAACCCUAAAAUUUCUAAGAAUCGUAAAAAGUUAUAUAAUACAAUUUUCAGUGAAAAUUAAAUUAAAGACAAUAAAAAAUAUUUUUAACACGUUUCACAGUUCAAAACUCUAGUAUGUGCUUCAUUUAAAUUACAUCAGUUGAGCAAGAGGCCCCAUAAUUAAUUACAACCAUAUUGGAUAUAAACAAAUACUUUAAGUAAAUAACAGAUAAAUUAUAUAAAUAAGACUUAAAUUAUAACAACUUUCUUUUUAGCUACCAGAACUCUUUUUUAAGAUCUAUGAGAUGUUUUUCAUUGUUUAGGUUUUUAGAAGCUGACAGUUUAGAUUCAAAUUGUUUUGGUCAAGUCAAGGGUAGAUUGGUUUUUCUGUAGAGCUAAUUAAUUUCAAUUAUUGUACUGAGGGACGAUACCAAACAUUGGAAUUCCCACUUCCA